AACAGAUCUGGUUAACUUCGCAUUGUUCUGGAAAGUUGUAGAGAAUUCUAGAAAUAUUUUACUCUUGACGUGCAACAGACGGUCAAAUAUACAAACUACGAUUUAGUAUAGAGGUGUGGAUGAAAAAAAACCGUAAAAUAUUGCACUAUGAUAGAUGAAAAAAAAAUGAAUUUUUCAAAAUUUUUGUCCCCUUACGGCCGGGUGUUGCCAAAUGGCAACAUCAAGCCAUUCGAUACCGAAGAACUUUUUUGUUCCGAAGAACACACUUUUCCUAUCCCCAUGGUGAGGGAACUACAGUGAUGUAGGAAAAGAUUUCUUUGCUAUCUGUCUUCUGGUAGCCGGCUGGAAAGGGUUAAAAAAGAGUCAUUCAAAACAUUCUAAUAUGUUAGUAGAACGAACAUCCGAUUAGACUGAAUAUCUUGUUCUAUAUCUAAAACAAUAUAAUCAUCAAGACGACAUAAGUUUCAUGCAAAUCUAAGAUUCUAAUUGAACAUUUCUCAAUCAUAUCAUGUUGUGAUUUAUUUAGAAUACUUGACAAUACAAAAGUAUUCAUAGACAAAUAGAAAUAUUCGAUAGACUGAUUUGAAAUGCUCAAUGAAUACGAGGAUUUACUACUGAACUUAUAUUGAAGAUGUUAUGUAAGAAUAAUACUAUUCAUUUUACUUCAGAAUUUUUGUUCUCAUGUUGUUUGACCAUAUCUUACUUUUACCGAUUGAAACAAAAAUUGUCAAUAAAAAUUUUUUUUUUGAAUGUCUCUGAAACGAACGUUGCCUUCAUUUUUGACAAUAACAAAAGUAUUUUUAUCUUAAACUAUUUGGUUUAAUAAAAGGUUUUUUUUCUUUAAAUAGAAAUUUAAGGCAAAAUUAUUCUUUUGUAUAAAUAAUAUCGACUAUUUUAGGUCCUGCUAAUAUAAGUUCAUCUGAAAUGACAAUUGAUGUUUGGGAUUAUAUAUUUUUUACUGAUAAAUCCUAUAGUUCAUUAAAAACAAAUAUUUCUCAAGAAACUCUUGAUCAUCUUCGAAAUGAAUUUCAAUAUUGGUAUCCUGUUGAUUUAAGAUCAAGUGGCAAAGAUCUUAUACCAAACCAUUUAACAUUUUCUCUUUAUAAUCAUGUAGCUAUUUGGCCUAAAAAAGAAGAUAAUCGAUGGCCAAAAGCAUUUCGUGCUAAUGGACAUCUCUUCUUAAAUGGUGAAAAAAUGUCCAAAUCAACAGGCAAUUUUAUGACUUUAAUAGAAGCUAUUGAACGAUUUUCUGCUGAUGGUAUGCGUCUUACUCUUGCUGAUGCUGGUGAUUCAAUUGAAGAUGCAAAUUUCGAUGAGCAAAAUGCUGAAGCACAACUUCUUCGUCUUCAUGCAUUUAUUGAAUGGGUCAAAGAAGUUCUUGAUAUUUCGUCUUCUCAAACAAUUAAUCAAUCAGCUAAUCAAGAAUCAAAUAAUGAAAAUGAUGAAAAGAAAUUCAUGGAUUAUUCUGAUCGUGUUUUCGAAAGUGCAAUAAAUCAAGCAAUUAAACUUACUGAAGAAGCUUAUGAAAAUAUGUUAUAUAAAGAAGUAUUAAAACAUGGCUUUUUUCAACUUCAAAAUAGUCGAGAUAAUUAUCGAGAACUUUGUACAGGAAUUGAAAAAAUGAAUAUGUCUUUAAUAAAACGUUUUAUUGAAGUUCAAACACUUCUUUUGGCACCUAUUUGUCCACAUGUUUGUGAUUAUGUUUAUCAAUUAUUGUAUCCGAAUAAAUCAAUUAUGGAAGCUAAAUGGCCAAUACCUGGUAAAAUUGAUCAAUCAUUGAUUGAUUCUUGUAAUUAUCUUUUAAAUUCUGUACAUUAUUUUCGUAAUCGUUCAAAAACAUUGACGGCACAACAAAAUAAAAAGUAUAGUGAAGCAAUUAUUCAUGUUGCUCGUGAUUAUCCUCGAUGGCAAAUAUUUGUUAUUAAUCAAUUAAAAAAAAUUUUUAAAGAAAAUUCAUCAUUUCCAGAUAAUAAAAUAUUAUCAUCAUAUUUUAAAGAUCGACCAGAAAUUGAUGUGAAAUAUGCAAAAAAAAUUAUGCCUUUUGUUACUUAUUGUCAACAAUUAGUAAAAGAAGCAAAUAAUAAUAUUAAUAUAUUAGAUCAACAUUUAUCAUUUAAUGAAUAUGAAGUUCUUCUAAAUAAUCAAGAAUAUAUUCAAAGAUCAUUGAAACUUAAUCAAUUACAGAUCAAAUUAAUUGAUGAAGAAGACACUGGAUGUAUUAGUAAUCUAGAUGAUGUCAUACCAGGUUAUUAUACUAUCAAAUUUGACAAAUUAAAUUAUUGA